UUUCAGUUGAAGGAACGGAACAGAGGAAUCCAGUAGAAACCGUUUGAGGAGCACUUUGUCCGGCAAAAACUGGAUUUCAGUGAUCUCCUUGGAGCCUCCUGGGGUGACCUCGCUAGCACCACCACUACCCUCCCGGCUUCUUCAGGCUGCUGCCAGCGCAAAAGAUCAGGAGAAGGAACCCCACCAUGCUUCUCUACAGGGGAAUUAGCUGCAUCCUUUCCUGCAUCAGUUUUGUGCUUCUCUUGGUUGCUCAAGUAUCCUCUGGGUGGGCAGUGCACGAAACAGAUAUUCUGGAAGCCUCAUACACUGGUUUAUGGACCACCUGCACAGAAGACGGCUGCAGUUUCUUGGCCAUCAGAGAAAGUACUGUAUGCCUGGGUUGGGCUGGGUGAGGUUGGGUUCAACAGACAUUGCUGCUGCUGUUUCCCUCGGGCUUUGAAUUCCUCUUUCCACAUGCACACAUACUAUGGGUGCUGCUACUAGUGACUUGUGACAGAAAAAAAAAAGAUGGCUUCCCUCAUAGAUACAGCUAAAAAUGUUUUCGUUAUUUGUUUUAAAGAACAAACAAACAAACAAACAAACAAACAAACAGAAAAGGAAAACCCAGAAGGCUCUUAGGCUGACUCUAUGGGUUUUAUAGUUGCCUGGGGUUUUUUGUACAGAUUUUUUAGGAUAUUAUUAUUAUUAUUAUUAUUAUUAUUAUUAUUCCGCUUUAUAUUUUUCAGAAAAAUCUCAAAGUGGUUUACAGCAUAUUAAACAUCAAUAAAACAAUGCAGAAUCAAACAUUUCUGAAGGAAAUUCUGCCAUUCAACAGAAUGGGCUGGCCAGUCUAUUCAUGUUCAAAGCACAUAAACUGGAUUAAGAUCAUUCCCUAUACAUCCCUGACUGGAUCCUGCCCAUGUUUAUUCUGACUAACUGAUAUGAUCGACAUUUGCUAUUAUUAUACAAUCACGAAGGUGCAUUUAUUGCAGAAAGUGCUUUACUAUGUCAUUUCAAAUCACUGUUGCCAUUAUUAUUCCACUAUUCAUUUUUCUCUACAACCAUAGCAGCUGAACGAGUGCAGCUCUGCGAGGGGAAUAAGGGCUCCAAACAACUUCCAACACCCUUCCAACUACAGCUCCCAGAAAUCUGAGCGGGGGGUGGGGAGAGAAGCCAUGACUGUUUAAAGUGUUUUCAUUGUACUUUAAAAGUAUGGCGUGAAUGUGGCCCUAUAUUUUAAUUGUCGCAACCUAACAUUGUGGCUGUGGUUAAACCACAGAGCCUAGAACUUGCCAAUCAGAAGGUCGGUGGUUCAAAUCCCCGGGGUGAGCUUCUGUUGCUCGGUCCCUGCUCCUGCCAACCUAGCAGUUCGAAAGCACGUCAAAGUGCAAGUAGAUAAGGUAAGGUAAACAGUGUUUCUGUGCGCUGCUCUGGUUCACCAGAAGCGGCUUAGUCAUGCUGGCCACAUGACCUGGAAGCUGUACGCCGGCUCCCUCGGCCAGUAAAGCGAGAUGAGCGCCGCAACCCCAGAGUCUGCCAUGACUGGACCUAAUGGUCAGGGGUCCCUUUACCUUUAACAUUGUGGCACACUCUUGAGUCCCUCCUGCAAAAACACUGAUAAUCUUGAGGCACCCAUAAAUUUCAUAUCCUUUUAUUCCCAGUCACAGAAUUUGGAUUGCAGAAAGGAGAGACUUUCUCUGUGUUUCCUGAGUGCCAUCGUUCGGGUGGGGAAGAGCUACCUGGGACUACCCUCAGCUAUUUUUACAAGUCUCUUAUUCCACUUUAGUGAAACUGGACGUCGUCCGGAGCUUUAUGCUCGUGGCUCUCUUUUUUUCCUUUCUGGCCAUACUGUGCUCUGUGGAAUCAAAGUACUGGAUGAACUGCACCGAGGACUUUUUCAUGGAUGGCCCUGUUGCGGGUGUCUUCAGCUUGGCCUCAGGUACCAAUUUGGAGAUGAAUCAUUUGUGUCCAACUGGGAUGUAGCUGCUUUGGGGACAAAAGCAAGGAAACUGGCAGGGAGCAGGGGGAGUACAAGUACUCGAGAACUGCCUUCCGAAAACAGGACAUUUGUUUGUCUGUUUAUAGCAUUUGUGCCUGUCUUUCAGCCAAAAAAUUUCUCAAGGGUGGCUUACAAACACCAGUUCUACGAUGGCCGGUUCCCUCAGACACUUGAUCUAAAAAGACACAACACAUGAGGAAAUGGGGAAUGGGAGGGAGAAGGCAAAAGCAAACUGCUAAAUGCCAUAACUGCUAGCUCCUAGGGGCCGAGGCUGUUUCGGCCCCCUCACCCAUUUAUUAUUAUUAUUAUUAUUAUUAUUAUUAUUAUUAUUCCCUGCCUCUCAGUCGAACCUACCACAUGGGGUUGUUGUGAAGAGUAUAUGAGGAGAGGGAGGACCAUGUAUUCCAUCUUGAGCUCCUUGGAGGAAAAUGGUGGGAUAGAGAUGCAAUAAAUGAAUACAUAAAUGCUAACCUGCCAUCCUGGGCUCCGUUAGAAGGAAGGGAGGGGUAUAAAUUGGAUAGCUAAAUAAAGAACCGCAGCACACCAGGGAGAAGAGUGUGUGAAGACCAUCCAUUCACCACGAGCACCGUUGCAUUUGCAGGACUAACCAAACAUUUGGAUGGACCUUAAUCCACUGUUUCUUGUAGGGAUCUGUGUGCUGGUCGCUGUGGCGGUAUUUGAUAACUCCGUCCGCGAGACAACAGAGCCUGAACUGCAGGACCUUUCUGCUAAAUGGGCUUAUUUCCUAAGCUGUGUUGUCUGCGCCCUUUGCUUGGGGACAGGUAAAUGCAAAGGCUAUAAUGUCUAUAAUGGCCUAUAGCCAAUUACACUUUAGAGUAGACCCAUUGAAAUUAAUGGCCUUACAUUAGCCAUGUUAAUUUAUUCCAGUGGGUCUGCUCUAAGAAGAACUGGCCACAAUUCAUAUAGAGAUAGAGGUUCCAACUUUCUCCCUAAGAUCUCAGGUUGGGUUACAACCAUUAAAACACAGUAUUGAAAACAGUUUUAAAAACAACAAAAAAAUCACAAUUGGAGAAAGCAGGUGGGUCCUAAAAAUAAGGUCCAUGUAGUGAAGGUGGCCAGAUGCACUUCGGUGGGGAAGGAUAGCCACAGAGAAGGCCCUUUCCCAGUCACCGCCCCCUGCGAAUCUGAGGGUUAACUCUGCCAGUCUUAGUAUCUGAGAGGAUCUGGAGGGACAGAGGUGGUCUUUCAGGUAUCUGAAAGGAGACAUUCAGAGUAGCCAGUUCUCAUUUUUUGACUCAGAGUUUCAGCAUCUUGGGAGGGGCUUGUCAUGCUGAAAAGUCAGAAACAAGGGAGGCUCCCCCUCUCUCAUUGACUAUGGAAUUUGCUCUGACAAAACAUAGGGAUGGCCACAAACCUAGACGGCUUUAAAGUAGGAUCAGACCAAUUGAUGGAGGAAAUGUCUAUCAGUGGUGGUUAGUCACAAUAGCUAUGUUGUAUCACCACUGUAUGCCUCUGAAUGCUGGUUGCUGGGAAUCACAAAUGCGGGGGAAGAACUUUUGAGCUCAGGUCCUGCUUACAGGAUUCCCAAAGGCAUCUGGUCAGCCACUGGGAGAACAAGGUGCUGGACUAGAUGGUAGAAGGAACUUACGCAAAUGCCUUAUAUUAGGGGAAAUGGCCUAGUCAAACCUGCAUAGAACAAUGCGUUACCUUGCAAGAAAACUGUACUAAAAUGCAAAGUGGGUUUUCAGAAGGAGAAAUUCUCUUUCUUUUCGAAAAUUUCAAACUGCUGCGAAAUGUGAAUAACCAAAUUUAUGACUGGAAAACAAGAAACCGAGAGAACUGAAAUUGAUAGGCCUUCCACACCUCAAGCCCUGAGGCUUUUUCUGGUGCCUGCAGGGUCCCACCCCCUGCCCUUCCCUCUGCUGAAAGAAAAGUGGAGAUGCUUAAGGAUAUGCAAAUAUGUUUCGGUGGCAGAACUGCAUUUCAAAAUUUGGAUACGUGCGAAUUUUGGAGGGUGGUGGUGUUUGGGUUAGCAUACUGCUAUAGAAAGUGUGAAUUUGAUAGAUUUUUACUUUAAAUACAGUGGUACCUUGGUUCUCAAAUGACUUGGUACUGAAACAAAUUGAAACUCAAACACUGCAAACCUGGAAGUUAGUGUUCCAGCUUGUGAACUAUUUUCAGAAGCCAAACGUGCUCCAUUUUGAGUGUUACACUUCCAAUUUGAGUGCCACACUUCCGUUUUGAGUGUUAACGUUGUGGUCUGUCUGUUUUUGCUAUUUAUUUUGCUUUUUUGUUUUUGCGGCUCUUUGUUUUUGUGACUGUGUGGAACCCAGUUUAGCUACGGAUUGAUUGAUUGAUUGAUUGAUUGUGUGACUGCAGUACAUUGUUUAUUGCUUUCUUUUUAUGGAUCAAUGGUCUCAUUAGAUAGCAAAAUUCAUGUUAAACUGCUGUUUUGGGGGUUGUUUUUAAGAGUCUGGAACUGAUUAAUCCAUUUUGCAUUACUUUCUAUGGGAAAGCGUGCCUUGGUUUUGGAACACUUUGGUUUUGGAAUGGACUUUCGGAACAGAUUAAGUUUGAGAACCAAGAUACCACUGUAUGUACUGAACCAUAUUUCUCCUCCCCCCUUCCUGAGAGUCCAUGUGUGUCCACAGGCACCAUGCUGACAACCCAUGCCAAUGCCCACUCAUCUCUGUACCUCUCUCUUUCUCUCCCAGGGAUAUUCAGCCUGGUGCUGUACCAGCUCUCCCUCUGGAAACCAACAGCUUAUUCCUCACAGGUGGCUCCCAAAGGGUAAUCAGACACCAAAGGCCAAAAGUCUAGAAGGAAGAUAGCAUUGUAUGCUUCCCCCAUUUUUGAAGUGGCACUGGAUCCUUGGAAUCUACAUUGACCAUGUGCAUUUUUAAAUGGAGAUGUCCACAACCGGGCCACAAGAUUCACUGUUUGCAUCGGAUAUCAUCCUGCCAGCACACCUUCAAGUACAUACCCACUGGACUUAGUGAGAUCUUUGAACCUUGAACCUUAGUGAGAAUCUUUGAACAACCCACAUGCAGCUUACUGCGUUUCAGCAGCACUGAAGAAGAAACGACCCUUUCCCAGGUCUCUUCUUCAUUGCAUCCCAUUUGAUGGGUAUUUAGACAAUUUUUUUCUUCCUUUCUUUUCUUCCUGCUUGAAUGCCUUGUCCUGCUAUUAAAUCAUUGGUUUGUAUGGAAGAUUGAUAGCCCUCUCCACCUCCUUGAUCAAACGAAGGCCAAAGCAACAAGUUACAGAUGAUCAUGUGACGACACAGGGAUUGGUUAGCUGUGAUUCCUGCAUCGCAGGGGAGUUGGACUCGGUUGACUCUACAAUUCUAUUAUUCUGAUAGCAGUUCAAAGCAAAUAGCUCAUUCCUUGGUGGUGGAGCUGCCAUUACGAAAGAAUGCUAUGGGUGAAGAUACUGUUCAUUGCAGGGAUGGGGGAUCUGGUGCCCUCUGAAUGUUGCUGGACUCCAACGCCCGUCCUUACCAUUCUCAAGAGCAGCACUCUGUUGUGUAGGGGGCACACAGAGAAGACCACACAGCACAAGGGGGGUGAGAAUCUAUGAAUUUUGGUUCCCCUCAGCUUCUCAUUUUUGCCAUCUUAAAUUCAGUUCACAUUUCCACAGCAAUUUGUGAUAAUAA